CCCACCCUCACCGAGAAGCACUGAAAUGGCUCAGGAGACAAACCAGACCCCAGGGCCCAUGCUGUGUAGUACAGGAUGUGGAUUUUAUGGAAAUCCUAGGACAAAUGGGAUGUGCUCUGUUUGCUACAAAGAGCAACUUCAACGACGGCAGAAUAGGACAGCUAGUGGCUCAAACAAUCCCACUUCAGAUUCUGCAUCUGUGCAGAGAGCAGACACUAGCUUAAGCAACUGUGAAAGUACUGCUAAUAACACAUCUGAAAAAUCAAGAACUGUGGCUGUUGCUGCUUUGCCUGUAAUGCAGCUAAUGACAGAAAUGAUCAUUUCGAGAGAGGAAAAACUAUCAUCGAAAAUGGAGACAGAGCCAGUUGUUAUUCAACCAAGCCCAUCCGUUUCUCAACCUAGCACUUCAGAGAGUGAAGAGAAAGCUUCUGAACUGCCUAAACCAAAGAUGAACAGAUGUUUUAUGUGCAGAAAGAAGGUUGGCCUUACAGGAUUUGAUUGCCGAUGUGGGAACUUAUUUUGUGGACUUCACCGUUAUUCUGACAAGCAUAACUGCCCAUAUGAUUACAAAACAGAAGCUGCAGAAAAAAUAUGGAAAGAGAAUCCAGUAGUGGUGGCUGAAAAAAUUCGGAGAAUAUAACCUAGCCUACUUGUGAAAAGGCUGACUUUUUUUUUCUUUUUCUUUUUUUUUUUAAUAUACCCUCAGAAAGCUUUAAAGAACAGAUGCAUGGCUGUUUUCCUUUGUUCUCAAAAGUUUUAAUUUUAGCCUUGUCUGUCUUAAUGAUAUUUUGGAAUGUUUGGGUGUUUGUUACAGGCAGAAUUGUAUAGAUACAGUCCUUGAAAAUAUAUGUGCUCUCCUUAGAAUAUGAUUGUGUGAUCAGAACCUGCACAGGAGUAUGCAUGCACAGAAGACAGUCUCUAUUCACAUAUGCCAAACAGACGUAUAUUAGCUGUAUGUUUGCAGCAGGUCUGCCUUUUGAGAUGUUCAAGGUGUAUAACACUAGCCAAAGUAUGUGUCUUCUGGAGAAGGAUAUGUCAGAAAAGCUUGGUGCUCUCCUUCUAUAAUUUAAAAUCUUGUUCUACUUUUAGUUUCCACACUCCAUUGCUUUA